AUGGCACCGUUUCAAGCUGUCCCCGUUGCGUUCUUGGCCAUAUUAAGCGGCGUGGCUGCCCGCGAUAUUUUUGUGUCUCCCUCCGGCACCGGCACCGGCAGCCAAACGGCUCCGUACGGGUCUAUUCAGUCGGCAGUCAACGCCGCGGCGGCCGGCGACACCAUCUAUCUCCGUCAAGGAACCUAUGCUCCUUCUGCCAACAUUCAGGUUGGCAAGAGCGGAACCGCCACAUGGCCCAUAUCUGUCCGUCCAUACCAGAAUGAGAAGGUCAUCAUUGAUGGCGAGAACAUGCCCGGAACACCGAAGGCAUUGAAUGAGGCACUGCCGAACUCUGAGCGGGGUAUCUUUCAUAUCCAGAAUGCCAAUUACUGGGUAUUCCGUGAUUUGGAGUUGAUCAACGGUCCAUACGGCAUCUACGCUCGAGAUGCAUCGCACAACUACUACGACGGUCUAUCGACCCACGAUAACUACGAGACUGGUUUCCAGCUCGAGGGCGCCUCUUCCAACAACACAGUUCUCAACCUCGACUCGUACCGCAACCGCGACCCUCGAAAGAACGGCGAGAGCGCCGAUGGCUUCGCCUGCAAGUCCGGCUCCGGCACAGGCAACGUGCUUCGCAACGCCCGCCUCUGGGACAACGUCGACGACGGCCUGGAUCUGUUCAUGUUCGGUUCCCCCGUCACGCUGGAGGAGGUCUACUCUUGGGGCAACGGCUACAACCGCUGGGGCUUCAGCCCCUUCGAGGGCGACGGCAACGGUUUCAAGCUCGGCAUCACGGACAACCCGCCGGCGAACCACAUCAUCCGCAACUCCAUCGCGUUCAACAACUUCAAGAAGGGUUUCAUUGACAAUGGCAACCCGGGCUCUCUGACUUUCGAGCGCAACACGGCAUGGAACAACGGCGAUACCGGGUUCGUGAUGCGCAGCUCCUCGUCCAAGAUGACUGGCAACAUUGCUGCGGUCAACGUCGGUAGUGCGCAAGUCAGCCUUGUUAGCUCUGUCAGCGCUUCCGGAAACUCGUGGAACUCUGGCAGUUGGUCCAACAGCUCCUUCACGAGCGUCGAUGCGUCUGUCUUGAAGGGGCCUCGAGGCUCGGACAAGAAGGUUCAGGGCAGCAACUUCCUGAUUCCGAAGUCAGGUCAGGCCAUCGGUGCGACCACGCUGCAAGAAGUUUAA